AAAACACCCAUAACGCCAGUGACAAUGGAGGGUCUCACGUCUUUACAUAAAUUGAUCCAACGAGAUGCCCAUGCGCUUUCUAAUGAAUUAGGCAAGCUUCGUCUGCGGAGCCACCUGGAUAAAGAAGCGAAGGUCCGCCGAUCGACCAGGUCUGUGGUCUUGGGGAAAGCUAAGGUAAUGAGCUACGAAGAUCUUGAGGAGGCAAGACAGAAGCGUGCUGAGAAGGAG